AUGGCAGGAGUGAUGGUGGAGUAUGCCCUGGGCCAGAGCAGCCCGGAGGUUCAGUUCCUCGACUCCACCACUGUGGUCACUAUCUGUGGGAAUGCCCUCAGAUUUCAGCAGCUGUCUGGUGGGACUCAGGACACCCGCUUUCUGUGGGGGGCUGGCCGUGGCAUCUCCGCUUUCACGGUCAACACUCGGAAAGGCCUCGUGGCGUACGCAGAAAAGGGCCUGAACCCGUGUAUCUUCGUGCACGACAGCCAGAGCUUGGACUUGCUCACCAAGCUCUCAGGCAAGAACCGUGUUACUACGCCGCCUUUCCUGUAG